GAACAAUACAAGAGAUUGUGAGUUAUUAAAGAUGUUGUCUUCUCCAGUUUCUUCACUGCUAUUUCUGCUCCUCUUGGUGUUUUUAAUUCAUAUGGAUGACGCAUUUGGUGCUCAGACUGAGAUCCGUAAACUUAAAGAGACGAUCAAUGCGAGGAGAAAUUUGAAUGGCGAUGACAACAGAAGCUCCAAAAUGGGGACUGUACCGAGCAGAUCAAUACGCUGCGGGGGCGAGAAAACUUUGAAAAACAUGGCGACCACUUAUCAGCCUGAUCACCAUGGUCCUAUUCCAGGAGGAUACUUGUCUUCUCUCUGUCAGCCAUGCAGCUCGUACUUCUCCAAGUGUUAUACUUUUACGUGCACUACUACCGAAAGCUGUCAAUCUAUCAACGGCUCACCACCGACUUGCACACGCUCCGAGAACUGUGUACCUGCAUUUGGCAAUUGAUCAGAUUAUUAAUUUUUUUUUUAUAAAUAUAUUCUGAUUUUUUCUUUUGCUUUUUCUAUGGUUCUUCUUUAGUAUAUAUGCUUGUGUGUUUCCAUUUAUAUUAUUAUCGGAAGCAAAAUCUACUACACGCAUGUUUAUCAA